UCCCAGCCAGUGAACAAGAUAUAUUGCUCGACUACUCUUGGGUUUGGAUCAUUCAGCACUUGUGGAGUAACAGGCCAAACUAAAGAUGUGGAUUACUUUGAUAGCUGGAGUGUUGCUCCUGUCCCUGACGCAUGCUGUAACAGGUGAGAAGCAUAAAGGCUGUUUUCAUGAAGAGGAACUUAUGACCCAGGCGAAGAAGUUCCUGCGGCGGACAAGUAGAUACACCGAGCACGUACCUGCACGUCCUCGGUCCACCGCGUCCUGCUCCGACUUCACGCACUGGGUCUUCUCACCUGAUCUCAAGAACCGAUCACUGUCUCCCUGGAGAUCAAGGGUUGAGACUGAUCCUAACCUAAUCCCUUCAGUGUAUGAAGUGGCCGAGUGUCUGUGUUCCGGCUGCAUCAUUAACGGAUCUGAAAACACUGACUACAACUCGGUCCCGGUGAAGCAGAACGUCAUGUUCCUGAAGAAGGUCGCGUGUCCAUCUAAUCCGCUGAAAUACUCUUUAGAAGUUGUGUAUAAAUUACUGCCCGUGGCCUGCACGUGCGCCGUGCCCAGACAAUAACCUCUUGUAGAGGAAUUAGCUCUUAACCAAUACAAACCCUGUAGAGACAUGUCUCAAAUAUUGUUGUGUUUGUUUUAAAAUGCAAAACUUUUAAGUUUUUUUUGUGUAAACAGCACUACGUGCUAGUGUGUUUCAUAAGCUGCAUUUUUAAGCAUGAAAUUACUAUGCAAUCGAAGUUGCAGUUGGGUAUAUUGUACAUACACUACUGUAUCUUUUAUUUAUGUGAUAAUUUAUUGACUAUUUAUUUAAAUUAUUUGACUUCUGUUAGGAAGUUUGGUUAUAAAGUUUUAUUUUAUGUUAUUUUAUUUAUAUCUAUUUUUGUUAGUUUACCAGUGUAAAUAUAUUAUUUAUAUUUUAUGCAUUAUUACUAUUAUAUUAGUUAUAUUGUAAAUGUUUUGUUGGUGUUCCGUUUUUUAAAAAUGUAAUCUAAUUUUAUCUAAUAAAGUAAUUCAACCUGA